AUGUUCAUCACGAAGGCCUUUGCUGCCCUGGCAGCCUUUGUCGCAGUGGCUGUGGCUGAUGAGUACAGCCUCAAAGACAUUAAACACAUUGUGCUGUUCAUGCAGGAGAACCGUGCCUUUGACCACUAUUUCGGUACGAUGGCAGGUGUGCGCGGCUUCAAGGACCCGAACGUGCACAUCUCUAACAACACUGGCAAGAGUGUCUUCCACCAGCCCGUUGACGCCAAGAAGAUCAAGGCAUCCAGCCGUCCUACGGACGACACGUCGGAACUUAUGCCUUGGCACUUGAACUGGCAGGGUGGUGACUGGAAGAACCGCACGCAGUGCAUGCUGACCGGUUCGAACAGCUGGAAGGCGAAUCACGCCGCCUGGAACCAUGGCCAGAUUGACCAGUGGGUGAACGCCAACACGCCCUACAGUAUUGGUUACUACCGUCGCGAGGACGUGCCCGUACACUUUGCCUUGGCUGAGUCGUUUGUUGUGGGUGACGCUUACUACGAAUCGGCUAUUGCCUCGACGCACCCGAACCGCGCUAUUCAUCUGACGGGCUCGCUGAACUCCAACGGCAGUGCCGUGGGAGGCAAUCCACAGGAGCUGGGCGGUCCUGUCGUCGACAACACGGCCACACCUGGCUGCUUGUACAGUUCUGACGGCGUGCCAUACUCUUGUCGUCCACUCAAGUGGAAGACGCUGCCAGAGUACCUGCUCGAGGCUGGCAUUUCGUUCAUGGCUUACCAGGACUUUGAUAACUUUGGUGAAGACACGCUUGUGUCAUUCACGCAGUACCAAGAUGCUGCUCAGCGCAAGCAGAAACUGGCCAAGGUUGGUGUCUCGUUCCCUGGUCUCGAGAAGUUCUACAAGGAUGCUGAGGAGGGCAACCUUCCGGAGGUUUCGAUCAUCUUUGUGCCUGAGUACCUCUCAGAGCACCCGCCGUAUAUGCCUGACGAUGGUGCUUGGCUUCACCGCAAGGUGACCGAAUCGCUUAUGCACGGUAAGCACUGGAAUAACACCGCCCUAAUUGUGUCGUACGACGAGACGGGUGGUUGGGCCGACCACGUGCUGGGUCCUAUCGCCUCAAGGGACACGCCCGGUGAAUGGAUGAAGGAUCCAUUCACGCCUUCGAAUGGUCUGCAGCCUAUCGGCCCUGGUUUCCGUGUGCCCUUCUACAUUGCAUCGCCUUUUACGCGUAAGGGUGGUGUAUUUACCGAGCAUGCCGCUCACGAGAGUCAGACGCUCUUUAUUGAGGAGUGGGCCAAGGCCAACGGCAAGCCGUUCCACGUGAAGGAAAUGAACCACUGGCGCCGUCAGCAGCUCAGCAACCUCGUGAACGCCUUUGACUUCUCCAAGAUUGACACAAGCAUCCCCAACAUUCCCUCGGUGCGCACGCCCUCGAAGGAUCCGAUUCGUGACCAGUACAACGGUGCUUUUGUGUGUCAGCUCAAGUACCGCAACACUAUUCAGCCUCACGUUCCCUACGGUAAGCAAAAGGAGGAAGAUGCCCUGAAGGUGGAACGCGGCUACAAGCCCGUCCGUGGUCAUCUGAGCGAGGGUCGUUACCUCCGCUUUGAAGCUGACCAUGGCCACGUGCUCUCAUGGAAGGAUGAGAACAAGCUCACCACGAAGAAGAGCGACAGCAAGUACGAUGAAGACACUCUGUUUGUGCUGUCGUGGCUGGGAUCGGAGCCGAAGGACAACCGAUUCAAUGUGGCCAACAUGAAGCGUGACAAGUUCUUUACGAGCGACCUCAAGCUUACCUCUGACCGCCGCUCGGCCGCCAAGUUUGCUUUGGUCGACCAGGGUAACGGUAAGGGCCACUCGAUUGUCGAGGAGCAGUCGAAGAAGCAUAUUUCGGUCGACAAAAACGGCGAGAUUUCGCUCAAGGAUGGUGAUGCUACAAUGUUCAAGACGUUUAGUGUGACGCUGUAA